AUGGUCAACAGUGCAGAUGAAGGUUCGUCAAUUUCAGAAGCUUUUCCAGAUGAGCAAUUAUUUUCGGUGGCAACUGAAAUCCCUCGGUAUGUUGAUUUUGUCAAUUAUUUAGCAUGCAAGGUUUUGUCACUGAGUCUAUCCUCUCAACAAAAGAAGAAUUUUUGUCAUGAUGUGAAGCAAUAUAAUUGGGAUGAUCUCAUUAUCUUCAAGCAUUGUACGAAUCUUGUUAUAAGAAGAUGUAGUUAUGAUCGGUGUCAAUGUGUGGGAAACAUCUCUAGAAGACAUGAAUUACCUCUCACUAAUAUUCUAGAAGUGGAGAUCUUUGAUGUGUGGGGUAUUGAUUUCAUGGGACCAUUCCCACCUUUGUUUGGUAAUCUAUACAUUCUCUUGGUGGUGGACUAUGUAAGUAAAUGGGUGGAAACUACUACAAUAACUAAAAAUGAUGCUCGUGUUCUAGUAAAAUUUAUUCAAAAGAACAUUUUUUCUAUAUUUGGUACACCGAGAGAAAUACUUAGUGAUGAAGGUACCCAUUUCGCUAAUAAGGUUUUCGAUGCUCCUAUGGAAAAAAAGGAUUUCUCUAAUAAGCUUGAUGAUGCUUUAUCGGUAUAUAAGCCAGCUUUCAAGAAACCUAUCGGCAUGUGUCCUUAUCGGAUUGUGUUUGGAAAGGCUUGUCAUCUACCAUUUAAGCUUGAGCACCAUGCACAAUGGGCAAUUAAAAAGACGAAUUUUGAUUUGGAAGCUUCGGGAGAGAAAAGACUUCUCCAACUUAACGAGUUAGAAGAAAUUCGUCAUAAGGAGCGAACGAAAAAAUGGCAUGAUAAGAAAAUUCUUCGAAGGGAGUUUGUACGGAGAGAAGGUCCUUUUAUUCAAUUCUCGUCUUAA